AUGCUUGCCUCCAUCGCCACUCUCGUCGCCGCUGUCGGCGUGGCCUCUGCCCACUUCCAGAUCGAGUACCCCACCUGGCGUGCCGACUCGCUCAACAACGACAGCUACUCGCAGUACGACUUCCCUUGCGCCGGUGUGCCCCAGGGCGUCGCCGGCGACAACCGCACCGACUGGCCCACCACCGGCGGCUCUCUGUCACUCGACCUCCACCACCCCUGGACUUAUGUCUUUGUCAACCUCGGCCUCGGCGACAACGUCACCAACUUCAACUACUCGCUGACCCCCAGCUUCUGGAACGAGACCGGCAAGGGCGUCCUGUGCAUCCCGCACCUGGACCUGCCGGCCGGCCUGGCCCCGACCGACGGCCAGCGCGCCACCAUCCAGGUCGUGACACUGGGCGAGAGCGGCAGCGCCCUGUACAACUGCGCCGACAUUACCUUCCGGAACAGCUCGGUGGCCAACUUUGGCGGGGCCAACUGCACGACGGACGCGGGCGUGAGCUACACGCUCAUUGGCGACCAGGCCAACGGAACAUCGUCGUCCGGUGGCAGUGGCAGCGGAACGGCCACCUCGUCCGGCAGCGCCGGCAGCGCCAGCACGACGACCACGGGCAAGAACGCAGGGGCGGCCAGCGGCGUCAACAAGGCCGUGCUGACCUCGGUUGUGGCCCUGGCCGUGGCUUUUAUGUAUGGCAUGAGUGCAUGA